GUGACUGGGUAUUUUAUAGCGUUAUAGCGCCCAUCUCUGGUCGUGGACCAGCACAUCAGCAGCAUGGAGGAAAAACAGCACCACGCGCCUCAGCAACAGUAACGUCGUCUGGUGUGCGCGGGCACGGGCACGGAACCACUGAGAGACUGAGGGAGCGCGCACCUCAACGCCAGCUGUCCUCUGAGGGGGACCCUUGCCGCCCCUCCCCAAAAGACAUGUCUGCAACCGCAAAAAACACCGCGUUUUGAAUCUUUUGUUUUUCAGCUGUUGAGAACCUACAGACACAUUCACCCACUUCGAUAUUACAGCACAGCUCCAGCAUCACCUUUACACCGCGUGAGCCCAUCGACCACCAGCAGCUCAGCAACGCCCAUAGCAACGCCUCCUCUGCGCAUCCUCCUUCUGUUUCUCUGACCCAGCAACACCGGCCGCCCUCCACCAACAACCAACCUGUUUUCCUAACGUUGGAUCCAUAUCAAACCGUUGUGUUUUCUUUUUAUCGCAAAGGACCAUGAACGCGCCGUGUGCAGUCAUUCUUUCAUCAGUCAAAGUCACUCAUCAUUCCGAAAGCCCUUCCUCGAGCUGAAACUGAGGGAUUCUUUUCCCUUGAACUCACCUGUAAGUUCUGGCCUAUCAAGGAACUGGCAGCGGCACGGGAGCUCCGCCCACCACACCCUCGAAAUGAGGGACAAGGCCACUCAGACCCCUAGGGCCUGGGUAGAUGAGCGGAGGAGAGGCUCUCAUAAGCGAUCGGCUUCUUGCGGCAGCACUGACCAGCUGAAAGAGAUCGCAAAAUUGCGACAACAGCUCCAACGUAGCAAACGCAGCAGCCGCCAUCGCCGGGACAAAGACCGCAAGUCACCCUUUAAUGGCAACCAUGCUAUCAUCCAGUCACAGUCUCAGAUGCCUAAAACCAUCCUGAUUCCCAUCCCCAUCUCUAAGUCCACUCCUCCAAGAUUUCGGAACAGCAUAGAGGGGCUCAACCAGGAGAUUGAACGCAUCAUCAUACGGGACACUGUGGAACGAGAUGAGGUCAUAAUACCACAGGAUGUUCCUGAUGGGCACCGCGCGCCCCCUCCCCUCCCCCAGCGCAGCAGCAGCACACGCAGUAUUGACACACAGACGCCCUCGAACGGCGGGCUUGGCAGUAACCGUAGCAACAGCAGCAGCCGAGCCGACUCUGUCUCCCCCUCGUACCUCAGCAUCCUCAACGACACGGUCGGAAACAGCCCACUCGAUGACACGCUCAAUGAGAGCAAAGAAAGAGACCUGGGACCCUGGUCCCCUCUGCCCAAAUAUGCUUCGUCUCCAAAGCCCAACAACAGCUAUAUGUUCAAACGUGAGCCUCCGGAGGGCUGCGAGAAAGUUAAAGCUUUUGAAGAAAACCAGCCAAGGCCUCUCCAAGAAAUUCCUCCAUAUCUCUGCCCAGACAGAAACAAGGUGAACUUCAUUCCCAAAAGCGGAUCUGCUUUCUGCCUGGUGAGCAUCUUGAAGCCUCUGCUGCCCACCCAGGAGCUGAACUUCCGUAGCGGGGUGGGAUACCGCAGUAUCUCCCCCUCAUUGGUGCCUCUGGGUGGGGUCGGGGUUAGGAGCCUGUCCCCCUCCAUGGGUCCCGUCCUGUCCCGUGGACGUCAGUCACCAUGUCUCCCACGACACCUUGAGGAGCCAGAAGGCUAAAACAGAACAAAGGAACCUCAGCAGAUGCCAUUUUCCCACACUCCUGUAUUGUCUGAUAGAGUCAGAGCUUUGUUAAGAUUUUAUUUAAGAACAUGUUCUGAACAACUUCGAAAGAUAUGGGUUUUUUUUUUUUUUUGUUAUUUAAGGGUAAUGGUAUUAUAUGUAAAAUGGAGGAUCAAAAGGAGGUUUUCAAUAUGGUGUAUGUAUAUAGAUGAAGCAUUUUUAGUAUUGCACUUCUUUUUACUUUCUCAACGAUUUAUUGCAUUUUACCAUGAAGCCUUUGAAUUUUAUUAUGUAUAGCUGCAUCCUUUAACCUACACAAGAGUCUGGAAUAAUUUUGAAUGUUUUUCAAAGGUCUCUUAUGCUGCAUUUAUUUGAUUAAAAAUACAGUAAAACAGAAAUAUUAUUAUGAUUUAAAAGAACUAUUUUCUAUUUUCUAUUUCUAAUUUAUUCCUGUGAUCAAAGCUGAAUUUUCAGCAUCAUUACUCCAGUCUUCAGUGUCACAUGAUCCUUCGGAAAUCAUUCUAAUAUGAUGAUUUGAUACUCAAGAAACAUUUCUUAUUAUUAACAAUGUUGAAAAAAGUUGUGCUUAAUAUUUUUUGUGGAAAUGGUAAUGCACUACCAUUCAAAAGUUUGGGAUAAGUAAGUUUAAAAAAAGGAAAGAAAGAAAUACUUUAAUUCAGCAAAGCCUCAUUAAAUUGAUCAAAAGUUACAGUAAAGACAUUUAUAAUGUUACAAAAGACUUAUAUUUCAAAUAAAUGCUGUACUUUUUAACUUUUUAUUCAUCAAACAAUCCUGAAAAAAAUGUAUCAUGAUUUCCACAAAAAUAUUAAGCAGCAAAAACUGUUUAUAGCACUGAUAACAAUAAGAACCAUUAUUAAUAACUGAGCAGAAAAUCAGCAUAUUGUAAUGAUUUCUGAAGGAUCAUGUGACACUGAAGACUGGAGUAAUGAUGCUGAAAAUUCAGCUUUACCAUCAGAGGAAUAAAUGACAUUUUAAAAUAGGGUAUAAUAAAAUAGAAAACUCUUAAAUUGUAAAAAAUAUUGCACGAUAUUACUGUUUUUACAAAUGCAACUUUGGUGAGCAUAAGCGACUUCUUUUAAAAACAUUUUAAAAAUCUUAAUUAUUCCAAACUUUUGACUUGUAGUGUAAAUGUAAGUGUUUUGAUUUACUGAGGAAAUGGAGGUUUUAGGUCACAGUUUUGCUUGCUUAUAGUUUACAUGCAGUUUGAUUAGUGCUGGAAGAACAACCAGAAAUGUUGUAGCAGAAUUGAGAAGGACUAUCAAAUGUGCCUGACUCCCACCACCUGCCCGUAGGACCCCGUUUGCUUACAGUCCUUUUUCUAUCAUCGUCUGACCCUACAUUCGUCUCGGCCCCUUAAAUGUAUAGAUCCCUUCCCCAUAUAUGUAAACCUGUAUGUGCUUAAUGUGAUUAGCUGGAAAGAGGAAGUUUUGAUGGUACACGAACAGCCUGGACACGCAUUAGGAGGAGGAGACAUCGAUCAAUUGUACUGGACAGUAUUAUGAUUAUGAUCCACUUAUCUGUUCUGUUGUUAAAUUUAAAGAUUAGUUCAACUGAAAGGUGUCAUUACUGUAAUUUUAAACAGAGUGAAGGAAAAUGGAUUGCAUUGGAUAUGAAAGACUUGUCAUGAAACAGCAAGAGAAAAGGAUGCAAACAAUUUCAAAGAGGGAGGCAUGGCUUUAGCUAAUAUUGAUCUGAAAAUGUACUGAUUUGAACUGUAGCAACUUUAUACUGUGAAAUAUUCCAUUAUUCAUACCGUAAACUUCCUUUCUUCCAAAAAAAAAAAAAAAAAAAAAAGUUGAUGAAGACCACAGGCAAUCCUGAACAAAAUGUAAUGUAUGUAAUUGCCUUAAUACUGAAUUGAAAUAGGGAAGUGUGUAAAUUAGACAGGUGCCUGAUAUUUCAGUUGUUUAGGUUACCAGAUUCUUCUGUGAAUAAACUUCAAGAUCGUUGUAA